UCGAUUUCGUUUUUCGACAUCGCCAUCUCUAGUGUGGGCUGAGCUUUACUAAACCUAUAUUUGCCAGAGCCUAAAAGCAAGAUGUACUCCGUAAUACGCUCGUUCGUCGGAUCUUUCAGACGAGAAAUAAUCAAGACUUUGAAUGGCGAGACAGGGAUCGUUAAACAUUACAAACAUUCGCAACCGGCACGUUCCGUUACGUUUAUUACGUUUACAUCUGCUCAUGUGAGAUUUUACGACCGAACGUCGAUAAGGUCUUUCGCAGGUUAUCAGAAUCAGCGGUCACACUCACACGCGGCGAAUUACCGUGAAUCGAAGGACAAAAGUCGAUCGGAAAUUAUGGCGAGGAUACAAUACCCCGUGGCGCGCAGGGACGAGAGCAUCGUCGAUGACUAUCAUGGCAUCGAGAUAGCAGAUCCUUACAGAUGGCUGGAGGAUCCAGAUUCGGAAGAAACUAAGGCAUUUGUCGAAGCUCAGAAUACUAUUACGAAGCCGUAUCUGGCUUCAUGUAGUGUACGUAAUAAUAUUCACACAAGAUUGAAACAGCUGUGGGAUUUCCCAAAAUAUUCGUGUCCAGCCAAGUAUGGUGGGAAAUAUUAUUUUUAUAAAAAUACUGGUUUACAAAAUCAGAGUGUUCUAUAUGUACAAGAUACUCUUGAGAGUGAACCAAGAGUGUUCCUUGAUCCUAAUACUUUCUCUGAGGAUGGGACCGUCGCAAUUACCAGUAGUAGUUUUAGCGAGGACGGUAGCAUAUUCGCGUAUGGUCUGUCUAAGAGCGGCUCUGAUUGGAGUACAAUCCAUUUCCUCAAUGCAGAAACCGGCGAAAAGUAUCCCGAAAUCUUGGAAAAGGUAAAAUUCUCACCCAUCACAUGGACUCAUGACAAUCGGGGCAUUUUUUACGGCCAGUAUCGGGAUCAGCAAGGGAAAACCGAUGGUUCGGAAACGUUAGGUAAUCAAAAUCAAAAGUUAUGCUACCACAUCGUUGGUACACCGCAAUCGGAUGACGUCGUCGCGGUCGAGUUCCCUGAGGAACCGUUAUGGAGGAUAGGUGCACAAGUAUCCGAUUGUGGUAAAUGGCUCAUCGUUACCCCUUUGAAGGACUGCAGGGAUAAUUUAGUAUUUUUUACGCCAUUGAAAGCUGGAAUGGAGAUAUCUACGAAUUUACCAUUGACACAGGUUGUUGAUGUACUCGAAGCCGAUUACGAAUAUGUGACUAACGUUGGUACCAAAGCUGUGUUCCGCACAAAUAAAAAUGCUCCUAACUACAAGUUGAUAGCUAUAGAUUUGUUAGACUAUGGGCAAGACAGGUGGGUCGAUCUUUUGCCGGAGCAUCCUGAGAAUGUGCUAGACUGGGCCACCGCUGUGGACGGAGAUAAGUUUGUUGCCUGUUACAUACAAGAUGUUAAGAAUAUUUUGCAACUGCACUGUUUGAAUACCGGUAAUGUACUUAGAACAUUCCCUCUUGAUCUCGGCACUGUCGUCGGUUUCUCGGGAGAGAAGAAGUAUUCUGAAAUAUUCUAUCAGUUUACAUCAUUCUUAACACCCGGCAUCAUAUAUACCGUAGAUUUGAAGAAAGAAGAAGAGCCACGAAUAUUGCGAGAAAUUAAGGUGGAACACUUCGAUGCGAGCUUAUACAAGACUAGUCAAGUAUUUUAUCCAAGCAAGGACGGCACAAAAAUCCCCAUGUUCAUAGUAACAAAGAGCGACACUGUAUUGGACGGAAGCAUGCCGGCCUUGCUUUACGGGUACGGCGGUUUCAAUGCAAGCAUACAGCCUACGUUCAGUGUAACGAGACUCGUUUUUAUACAACACUUAGACGGAGUGCUCGCUGUCGCCAACGUUCGCGGAGGAGGGGAAUACGGGGAAAAGUGGCACAACGCCGGUCGCUUCUUCAAUAGGCAAAACGUCUUCGACGAUUUCCAGUAUGCGGCCAAGUAUCUCGUGGAGAACGGAUACACCACAUCGGCGAAGCUGACGAUUCAGGGCGGCAGUAACGGCGGUCUGGCGGUCGCCGCUUGUAUAAACCAACGACCUGAUCUGUUCGGCGCGGCUAUAGCUCAAGUGGGAGUCAUGGAUAUGCUGCGUUUCCACAAGUUUACCAUCGGUUCGGCCUGGGUCUCGGAUUACGGGAGCUCGGAUGACCCGAAGCAUUUCCAGAAUCUGUUGAAGUACUCACCGUUACACAACGUCAAAGUGCCACAGGACGACGCACAGUACCCGGCAACGUUACUUCUUACGGCCGAUCACGAUGAUCGUGUCGUGCCGCUGCACACCCUCAAAUUGAUAGCGACUCUUCAGUAUACGCUUGGAAACGUACCGCAGCAGACUAAUCCUUUGCUCGCGAGAAUAGAUACCAAGGCAGGUCAUGGCGGUGGGAAACCAACCAUGAAAGUGAUUGAAGAGAGCACGGACAUCUUAUCGUUUAUCGUGCAAUCCUUGGGCUUGGUAUUCAAAUCGUAAUCAAUACUUAAGAGAGCACACACGGAUUCGAUAUGUUGCGUAAAAAUAAUUGCAAAAAUCAAAGAACUAUAAUGUGAUACACGUCACUGAGUUCUACGUGGUUAUUGUGUGUAACGCGAUGCAUUGUUGCGAAUUCAUCAAUCAUGCUUCGAUCACAAAUUGUUUUAUAACAAUGUGUUUCUAUUGCCAAAUAAAGAUUAUGAAAUUUAUA